AUGUCAUUUGCCUAUGGAGUUGGCACAUCAAAGGCAUAUUGGGCAAUUAAAACGGUGAACGCAAACUAUGAUGAAGCGGGUCGGGCGAGAAAGCUUCAAUUGAAUGAAAUUGAGGAAUUAAGGGAUCAAGCUUAUGAGUGUGCAUCCGCAUAUAAAGACAAACUGAAAAAAGUUCAUGAUGCGAAGAUACGGAAAAAGAACUUUCAAGUGGGUCAAAAAGUAUGGCUGUACAAUUCAAGAUUGAAGAUGUUCGCGGGGAAACUAAAAAGCAAGUGGAUGGGUCCUUACGUUGUCCGAAGAGUGGGGAGAUUUGGAGAUAUUGACAUUCAAGAUGAACAAACAAAUAAGCAACAAACGGUGAACGGGCAUCGGCUCAAGCCGUACUUGGAAGGUAAUGAUAUCAACAAUCUUGAGCUCGAUAAAGUGGGGUACAUUUUACGCCCUAUGGAUGACGAAGAAACGUGA